AUGCUGUCUCCGAAGGGCUCCCGUUCGCCGCUGCUUGCCUUGUCCGUGACUGCCGGCUUUAUUCUGAUAUUCGCGUUCGGUUUCCUGGCGUGGCAGACUCCACCGCGGAUCCCGUUUCCACAUGGCUCCACCCACAUCGAGAUGACUGUCUCAAAUCAGAACACCCCCCCCAUAUCUAUGGAAGAGGUCAUCCGAUUGCUGUAUGCGCGGGUGAAGAUUCCCGUUGACCAACAAAUCUUCACUGAUUACGACGGCACCGAACACGAGCUCCCCGCAAACCCACGAUAUAAGAAGAAACUUGGCAAGGACGUCCUGAUUGUGGAUCUUGAGACGCGACCGCUGGAAUCUGAAAAGGAGUGGAGAGAGGGCCACUUCGACUGGACCAAGCUGAAUCACGUCUCCGGCGGCGUCUUCCAGCAUUACAUAUACGCGCUCAUUCAUGGCUACGACUACAAGUUUAUCACGGCGCACGAGUUCGAGGACCGCCAUGCUACCUGGAUCAAACCCAGCGCUAUCGCCAAUCAACUGCACGAUUACAAGUUCGUGGUUUUCCUCGAUGCUGAUGCUGCAUUCCACCACAUGCAACUGCCUGUAGAGUGGCUGCUGAAUUACUGGAAAAUCGAACCAAAACAUUCGAUCACGAUGGCGAAAGACCCUUGGGACCCGGAACAUCCCGAAGUCAACUCUGACCGCUUCAAUCGCGCUCUCACCAAUACCGGCUUCAUGAUCGUCCAGAACAAUCCCACUUCCCACCAAAUCCUUAAGGCCUGGCACGAGUGCCCCGACGACGUGCGGUACAUCGGUUGCUCGGAAUGGAAGCGUCCCCGAUUCCACGAGCAAAGCGCUUUCGGCGAAUUCAUACGCUACGAUUAUGAGGAGAAUAUUAAAGAGUUGGAAUGCGCGGAGGCGAACGGAUACCCCGGAGUCGAAGUCUCGCACUGCCAGGGCAAAUUCAUCCGCCAUUACUGGUUCGACAAGUAUAAGGUCAAGAACGAGUUUCAAGAGAACAUCAUGCAGGCUAUCACCCAGCCUAUACAACAAACUUUUGCGGACAAUUACCAUGGAGUUACUUUCGAACAGAAGGAGAACAAGAUUCUAUGA